ACAAGUAACAAUAACAAACCCUUCGGAACCAAUUACAAUUUUUGUCAAUGACAGUCUUCCAUUGGGAUACGAAAUUUUCGAUGUAAAUGCAACAGAUACAUCACCUAUUGAAUAUGUCUUCCCCUUGACCUCGAGUGAUUUCUCUGUCAAUAUAUCUACUGGAUGGAUUUCAAUAGCUACGCAACUGAACUUUGAACUCCAGAAGCAGUACAAAUUUGACGUUGUGGCUAGAGAAGUACUUAACCAUUCCAACUUUGACGAGGAAUCAUUCAUAGUGAACAUUCUACCGGCGAAUGAAUACGCACCGCAGUUUACGAGCUCCAUUCUGAGUGUUAACGUAACUGAAAACGCACCCAUGGAUACGUUAGUCACUUAUCUGGCCUGCAAUGACACGGACUCUGGGACCUACCCAGGGUGCACUAACAUAUCAAUCAUAUCCGGUGACGACAUAUCAGAAAAGUUUAAGAUUGUCGGCAAUCAGAUGCUAACAACCAAUAACGCUAUAGACUAUGACGUCAUGACAACGAAGGACUUCCGCUACACACUGAUCGUAAUAGCAACAGAUACCCCAUCAGUGGGCUUUGUAAGAACGGGAACAGUGACUGUUAUUGUGACAGUGGAUCCUGUGAAUGAGUUUGCGCCCUCUAUCGGUGGAACACCGCUCAGUACGACAAUUCCCGAGAACUCCCCAGUUGGUUGGGAAGUACUUAUGGUGACAGCUACCGAUGAUGACGCAGGCAAUCAUGGGGAGCUGGCCUAUCGAAUCACAGGUGGAAAUACGGGCGAUGUAUUUUUCAUCUCGAAGACUGGGAAGAUAUACACGAAGAAAAUAUUGAAUUUCGAAGACACGACCUUUUAUGAUCUCACCGUACAAGUCAUGGACGGCGGGCUUCAGUCUACUACGACGGUAGUAAGAGUGACAAUAGCGGACAUUAAUGAUAACCCGCCAGAAUGUUCUCCCAUGAAGCAUACGCUGACUGUAAAUGAGACACUGUCUAUUGGAAGAACGAUUGUCGCUCUGUCAUGCACCGAUAGAGAUGUUGGUACAACAUUGGGCUACAGUAUCCUGUCAGGUGAUCUGGGGGACCUGGAAAUAACAUCAGCAGGAAAAGUGGACGUCAAGCGUGAUUUGGCGUAUGAUGAGGGAACGUUUAUUUACUUCUUAACAAUAGAAGUUACAGAUGGUGCUCACACCGUGUCUGUCAAUGUCUGGAUCAAUCUGCAGCCUGUAAACGAAUUCACACCGCGCUUCAACCCACAGACUGUAACCAUCGACGAAGACAUGCUACCAGGAACUGCGAUAAUAAACUACACAGCCACAGAUCGGGACGCAUCUCCCGAUAACGUCGUUUCAUAUGCAAUAUCGGAAGUGCAUAACGGCCCUGCAGAUGCUUUUCUAGUGGAUAGAGUCACCGGUAAAUUAUACCUGUCACAUCACCUGGACUAUGAGGCCGUCACGAGUUACCUUGUCGUCGUAACUGCAGCCGACAGUGGAACCUUUAAGGGGACCGGAACUGUCACUGUGUCCGUUAAAAACACCAAUGAUAACGCCCCCUAUUGUUCUAAAAGCGUCUUCAGUGUCACUGUGUCAGAACUAGUGGUUUCUAACACAGUGGUCAUACGAGAUUUCGGAUGUGUGGACCGCGAUAAUGACGUCAUUUCCUACUCUAUCCGUCAGUCACCUGAUGACAAUACCUUUGACGUAUCCUCAGGAAAGCUUACAGUCAGGGGAAAGCUGGAUUAUGAGACAGCGUCGUUCUAUCGUAUUGACGUGUAUGCCUCCGACAACAGAUUCAACACCAGCAUAAACGUGGCAGUGAAGUUGAUCAAUGAAAACGAAGAACCACCCCAAUUCCAGAACUCUGUCAUUUCAAGUAUGUUGAAUGAGGACGCAACACCAGGAGACACCGUCAUCAUUGUGACGGCCAGAGACCCGGAUGAUGACCCAUUCACCUACCAUUUUCGAACAACUUAUCCCAAUUUUCUCUUGGAUUCUCAAAGUGGCAAAAUAAUAUUGAGUAAAUCGCUAGAUAGAGAGAAAUGGUCAUUAUAUGAAAUUCACAUCGUAGCUUCAGAUGGAUCACUGCAUUCAACUGCCACAGUUCAGGUCACGAUCGGAGACAUAAAUGAGCCGCCAAGAUUCAACAACAAAAAAUAUGUGUUUUAUAUCAACGAAAACACAGUCUCCGGUCAAAGCGUGGGAACAGUGUCAGCCAUUGAUCUUGACAGCAGUGGAACAAAUGGACUACUCCACCACAGCAUUAUUUCUGGAAACGAUUUGUCCUACUUCCAGAUUAACUCAUCUACUGGAGAAAUUACCGUUUUCAUUCCAUCUGAUUAUGAAGAAGCUGAAUCAGUUCUUUUAACUCUCCAAGCUACUGAUCAAGGCAUUUCUUCAAAGUUUGCUUUUUGUACCGUCACGAUCUACAUCGCAGACCUUAACGACAACGCCCCGACGUUCACGUCUUCCGUUAUACAAAAAUGGAUUGCAGAAAACACCGUUGUUGGCAAGUCAGUAACACAGAUCUUUUCAACAGACUCCGACUCAUCCGUCAAUGGUAACAACAGAUUCACAUUCAAUUCUGUCUCCAAUGUUCCCUUUCAAAUCGAUUCUGAAAGCGGAGUAGUGACCGUUACAUCUCCUCUGGACAAAGAAACAUUGGAUAAACAUACCAUGGUGGUAACGGCCACCGAUAAAGGAUCGCCAUCUUUGACUGGUACUUUAACCCUGGAGAUCUAUCUCACUGACGUGAACGAUAAUGAGCCGAACAUUGUAGGAAUGUACGACACUGCAGUUCCUGAAAAUGCAUUGCAAAACACCAUAAUAUUUACUCUUACUGCAAAUGACGACGAUGCUAACGAUUUUGAAAAAUUUAACUUCACCAUACUGUCCGGAAAUAUUGACUCUUGCUUUAAGUUGGAUCAUAUAACAGGAGUCUUACAAGUGGCAUCAAAUCUAGAUCGAGAGCGGAUAGAAAAAUUCGAAUUAGUCAUUCAAGUUGCUGAUAAUAGCAGCCCUUCCAGGUCUUCAUCUGUAACGACAAUGAUAACGAUUGAGGAUGUGAACGACUCAAAUCCCACUUUCAAGAAAUCUUCAUAUGCCUUUUCUGUCGACGAACACGUCGUCUCGUCUACCACUGUAGGCAUCGUUGAAGCAACAGACAAUGAUAGGGGUUCAAACGCCGAGCUAAUGUAUAGCAUAGCAACUAACUGGAAGGGCGUCACAGACAUGUUUGGAAUAAAUGAAACUUCUGGACAAAUUAUAACAUUGGGAGAUCUGGAUCGUGAGUUGGAAUCAAAUUACUUGUUAUGGGUCCGUGUUCGGAAUGUCGGAUCUCCACCGCUGUCUGCGGAGGUCACUGUGAAUAUCACGGUUAAUGACAUAAACGACAGGACUCCAUUGUUCGGUCAACAAGACUAUUCAACAUCUGUACUGGAAAGUCUUUCUAUAGGGAGUAUGAUUUUAUCCGCUUGGGCUGUAGAUCCUGAUGAGGGUUUAAAUGGAGAAGUUAAAUACGAACUGGAUAUGACUACACAGGAAGGUUUACUCGCAGACUAUUUCUUCGGGAUUAGAUCUACUUCUGGUGAAAUAAUUCUGAAAAAACUUCUUGAUAGAGAAACAUAUCAAAACUUCACAUUCACCAUGGUAGCUAGAGACAGCGGUGAGCCACCCAAGUCUUCGAAUGUAAAUGUGACCAUUUACAUUUUAGAUGAUAAUGAUAACAGACCACUAUUCUCCCCCGAGUUCUAUGAUUCUGAGGCUUCUUUUACCGAGUAUUGUGACGCAUCCAUCGCAUAUGUUACAGCUGUCGACGCUGAUAUUGGAAACAAUGCCCAAGUUAAAUAUGAAAUAAUACCAAAUGCAAGUCCUGUUCCAUUUGUUGUGGAUGAUGCCGGAGUUGUCAGGUCGAAAGGAGAGCCAACGGAAUCAAAGUAUGUCAUCCAAAUAGAGUCGUUUGAUCGAGGAACUCCUACUUUGACGUCCGUUAACAAUGGUUUAGUUAGGAUUGAUAUAUUUGAUCCCGAGAACGUUGUAAUCACAUUUGAUCUCGAAUUGGAUUUGGUGUCCUAUUUAUCAGUAGAAGAUGAUUUGGUUACUCAAAUACAGAAUGUGUUGGCGGCAGCGUUUCUCGAUUCAUAUGUAAAGCGCUGGUGUAUAGAGGACAAAGUUCAGUCGGUCCUUGUUCAUGUAUAUGGAAUAAAGAAUGGUAUAACAAAAACCGUCGACAAUUUGACUAAAGACAAAACUUUUGUAACUAAUGGCGAAUUUAUCAACGUUCUUCAGCUCAGUCCAAGUAAAAUUCCAACGAUUGUAAUAAACGAGAAGACCUGGGAUAGAUACAAGAUAGAAAAGGUUGAGCCAUUUGGCGAUAAACUUAUUUUUCCUCCAGCAACAACAGCACCCCAAGUGAAGGAUGACGAUGACUUGACAAUUGGUCUUGGAGUAUUUUUCGCACUAUUUACCGCUGUUGUAGCUGUUAUCAUCAUCGCUUUCCUAGUCUGGAAACGAAGAUGCUGUCGCAGAGAAAAGAACGUUGAUAAUACAAAGAAUCCCAGAGUUCAAAUCAUCGAAAUCAGAGGUGUAGGUGGAAGGUCUUCUCUUGAAGAAUGCGGGAUAACCAGCGGCAGUAAUAUGGUCCCCAAAGCCUCACAUUCCUCUAUUUCUGUUGUUUCACCUCUAAAAGGAUUGGCUUUCCAAGGAACAACCGUCGACAAAAUGGCUUCACGUGGUCCUUACAUCAACAUUCCAUCCACAGAGAGUCCGGAUGUUUCGGUUUCGUCGUCCAGAGACGAUUUUAAAAGCAUAACACUAAGUCCAUCCUUAAUUGGCAACACGAUAUCAAAUGUCUCCACCCCUCUUCCUACGAAACCAGCCUUACCAUAUCCCAAGAGAGGGAUUGAUUUUGUUACUGGUUGGGUUUAUGAAGAAGAUCCAGAUUCCAAAAUCAGAAAAUGGGUUCGCACUCCUGACGGGGACCCUAUUUUUGACAAGACUUCACAUGAAUGACUAAUACAUGUAGCUCAGAACUCUUGAUAUUUGAUGAAAUAAAACUGACGCCUAUCUGUUUUUUCAA